AUGCCGCCCGCCCCACUCGAUGCAUGCAAGCAUACCCCGUACAACGAAUCGAGCGUUCAUGUAACAUAUAUUGUAUUACAUAUCUAUCCCAUCUCACUCGUUCCUGCAGAACCCUCACCCAAGUUCCUUCUCAGAAUUACCAUAACCCUCUCUUUACCCACACACGAAAACCCACACCCCCUCACCCCAAACUGCGCAACCCGUUUCACCCCACACCGCUCGAGAGAUCCACAUACAAAAAAAAUGCUCCAUCUCCUCCGCCCACAAAGCUAUGCCUUCCUCCCACGCCUCCACCACCACCGUCACCGCCACCAAUCCACACCAACACCCCCCAUCACCCCACCGCCCCAAAUGUCCCUCUUAGCCAAAACCCUCACUUACGUCCUCGCCUGCAUAACACUCUCCAGCCUCCUCAUAGCCCUCUCUUCCCUCUCAUCUUUCUACACCACACUCUUCACUUGCACCGCACCGCAGCAACUCCACAUGCUCUUCCACGCGAGCGUCGUCGGCGCCACGGUCCUCAUGGCGACGCUGGUCGCUGAUGAUGUCGCUGCCAAGUUGCUGGGACUGCACGGGGUACGGUAUCGCAGCGGAGCGGCGGCGGAUGCGGUGUUGAUGUGCUUGUUUUGGGUGAAUGUGGGGGUUGGGGGAGGGGCUUGGGGGCUGUUGGUUGUGAAGGGGUGGGCUGAGAGGGGGAUUUUGAAUUCGAUUAUCGGGGUUUGA